AUGUCCUUCCAUUCUGGCGGCUUGGUGAUGUCGUACCAUCAACCAUCCUACACAAGCUCUCUGCACCAAUCAACCAAAACGAGCCCCAAGGAUGGCGAAGAUUCACCCACCCAUGAUGGCCAGAAUCGAAUUGGAACGAGUCCACGCAACGAUCGCACGGCUAAGCUCGGCCGUACUCGAAAGCGCUUUGUCUUCCAAGACCCUGUAGCCUUUCGCUAUCUCGAGGAAGAUCCGGCCACGGAUGCUAUCGAACGAUGGAGAAGGCUACAGGGCUACGAAAUGUACGUGGUGGAACAGUGGGCGUGCUCCAGGACUCAUCCAACCUUUGUUAUUUGUACCUACAGUGGAGAUCCGUCGCAUUCCAUUCUUGUCAAUGUUUUAUCGGUACCUAGUGACGAGAGCACUUGGUCUCCGAGACUGCAGAUUUACUUUCAAGCCGUAUCUCAAUUUCAUGCCAAGGAGAUGGAGACCCCCUUAGGAACCCUCAUGGUGACUAAUCUCAGCGGCUUUCCAUCAGCGCUGACUGUCAUUGCGGUUCCGGAUGGUGACGUGAAGAAGCACAGAAAUGAGUUUAUUAUCAAUGAAAAUCUGAAACGAAUGGGAUGCUCAGGAAGGGCUGCCAUCAACUUGCAACCACCACAACCGAGUACUAUCGCUAAAUAUCACCACCUCUACAGAACAAGCGAAGCUGUCCCACUCUAUCAAUCAGUCAUGGAGCUUGUGCGUACGUGUCAGACUGCAUUAGUGAUAUACGAUAAGCUUCAACAAACAUACGCUGACGGCUUGCUAUGCGACGUUACCGAAAAAGCUGUUCAAGACUGGUGGACGGACAUUGGCACGUAUUUUUAUAAUGUACAGCCCAGCGACGGUCUUGGUCCUGCCACGGUGGCUGCAAUUCUUGGCCUGCUAAUUGGGGCCUACAACAGACUCAGAGCAUUCGGAUCACCUGUUGGAAAGGAUGCGUUGGAUCUGAUUUCUAUGAAAAGGGCGAUAGGCCACUUCCAGAAAGGGCAAAAGAUGGAAAGGUCUAGAAGACUCGAUCGAGAAACACUGGACCGUCUUCACAGGGCAACUGCGAAAAGCGCUGCGGGAGAAGGCUGGACCGUGCCCAAGGCAGUCAAAUCCACAGUGGCAGAGCUCAGUGGAAAGGGAGGCGAGAUGGUGAUGGGCAUCGUUGGAGCCCGAGAGAAAGCGGGGAUUUCUGAUGCCGAGACCAUGGAUAUCGAAAGGUUGUCGCGGCUGGUGACAGGCCAAAAGAUGAAGUGGCUCUGGCAGGGGAAGCCUGUGAAAUCGGCAGAUAUGUUCAGUGCUCCUUCCGAUGAUCUCAAGGGGCGGAUCUUCAGCACCGAUGACCAAGGCAAUUUUCUCUGGACUGCUAACCAUCACGACUCGAUAUCUGAUGGUGGUACACUUGAACGCACCGACACGAUGGUCACCAAUCAAACACAAGAUGGAAAGUCUAGCCGGGGACGCAUUCGAGAUGCAGUGGGAGGACUUAGGACGCAUACUCACCGGUAUCCAAGAGAAGGGGAAGAGGCCUCGGAUUGGAUAGAGAGUACUACUACGGGCGGUACAAAGUCAGCGAAAGAUCCCCCCGGGCAUCGCGACCGUCAGUUGCGUCCAGCAAUCGGUCGGACUCAGACGGAUCCCCUGGCUUUUGCUAUGGCCUUGCGGGAAGCAGCGGCUACAUCGCCUAAGAAGUCCGACCGGCAAUCCAACCGUAGUGCAGAAGAGCAUCAAAAACAAAUCUUCUCUCAUCGCGAAGUCCUCAGGCCUGCGCAUCAAGCUGAAUCCCCAAGGAAGAAGAAAAUGAACGCAGAAAUGGCAGAUCUCCGCAAUGAAUUCAAAGCUGAUAUUUACCGCAACUUCUCCGCCGAAUUACCAUACAUGGGCCCCCGGAGUCGAGCGCUACGGCGAUCUCAGAGCGCGAUUCAAAUGCAGGUGCAUGCAGCAGAUGAUCCUCGAAAAGAACGAAUGAAUCGACAAUUAUCGUUCAGCCUACUUGAGAAUGCAGUACUUGACUUUGGAAAACCGGUCAUGGACGAUGAUUACAAGCAGAGUCCCAUCGAAGGUGACUUGACCAAUGCUCUCACUCAGCGUGAAACGGCCAUGGCGGCGGCGCAGAAAAAGGCCAAACAGAUUCAGGCGAUCCAGCAAGGGCUCGUGCCGUACACAGAAAAUACUGUGGCACAUGUGGAAAGCCUGGAUCUUCUUGCGCACCAACAUCUGGAACAACUUAACGAAAUGUACUACAGCCGACUUGAAGAGUAUCAGUCACUUUCGGCUACGUCGUCAGAUCUGGUUUCUCAGGAGAAAGCAGCGCUGACCGAGAGUUUUCGGCGCAUAGAGAUGCUCGGGGCUAAGCUGGACUAUGAGCUUGGUUCGGUACAGUCUCGCUUGCAAGAAGUAGAAGAUGGUGUUGACGAUUUCGAACGUAACGUUAUUGCUAUAGAGGCCAAGGUCAAGGAACUCAUCGGUGACGAAAUCGGUAAAUCGGUACCUUGGUAUCAAAGACUGUUGACCUCGAUCGGAUCACGAAAAUAA